UUCCCCGGCCCUUUCCCUUUCCCUUCUCCUCCUUCGACUUCUGUCCGCUUCCACCUCAGACUCCCCGAGCGUGCCUAACUCAGUCACCCGCUCCGGUUCCGCUCGAAGUCAUGGCGGGACCUGGGGGUUGGAGGGACAAGGAGGUCACGGAUCUGGGCCACUUGCCGGAUCCCACUGGAAUAUUCUCAUUGGAUAAAACCAUUGGCCUUGGUACUUAUGGCAGAAUCUAUUUGGGACUCCAUGAAAAGACUGGUGCACUUACAGCUGUUAAAGUGAUGAAUGCUCGUAAGACCCCUUUACCUGAAAUAGGGAGGCGAGUGAGAGUGAAUAAAUAUCAAAAGUCUGUCGGGUGGAGAUACAGUGAUGAAGAAGAAGAUCUCAGGACUGAACUCAACCUUUUGAAGAAGUACUCUUUCCACAAGAACAUUGUGUCCUUCUACGGUGCAUUUUUCAAGCUGAGUCCCCCUGGCCAGAGACAUCAACUUUGGAUGGUGAUGGAGUUAUGUGCAGCAGGCUCAGUCACUGAUGUAGUGAGAAUGACCAGAAAUCAGAGUUUGAAAGAAGAUUGGAUUGCUUAUAUCUGCCGAGAAAUCCUCCAGGGCUUAGCUCAUCUUCAUGCACACCGUGUAAUUCACCGGGACAUCAAAGGUCAGAAUGUGCUACUGACUCAUAAUGCUGAAGUAAAACUAGUGGAUUUUGGAGUGAGUGCCCAGGUGAGCAGAACUAAUGGGAGGAGAAAUAGCUUCAUUGGGACACCAUACUGGAUGGCACCUGAGGUGAUUGACUGUGACGAGGACCCCAGACGCUCCUAUGAUUACAGAAGUGAUGUGUGGUCCGUGGGAAUCACUGCUAUUGAAAUGGCUGAAGGGGCUCCUCCCCUGUGUAACCUUCAGCCUUUGGAAGCCCUAUUCGUUAUUUUGCGAGAAUCUGCUCCCAAAGUCAAAUCCAGCGGAUGGUCCCGCAAGUUCCAUAAUUUCAUGGAAAAGUGCAUGAUAAAAAAUUUCUUAUUUCGUCCUACUUCUGCAAACAUGCUUCAUCACCCAUUUGUUCGGAAUAUAAAAAAUGAAGGGCAUGUUGUUGAGUCAUUAAAGAAGCACCUUACUGGAAUCAUUAAAAAGAGACAGAAAAAAGGAAUACCUCUGAUCUUUGAAAGAGAAGAAGCUAUUAAGGAUCAGUAUACCAUGAGAAGAUUCAGGGGACCUUCUUGUACUCAUGAGCUUCUGAGAUUGCCUACGAGCAGUAGAUGCAGACCACUUAGAGUCCUGCAUGGAGAACCGUCUCAGCCAAGGUGGUUACCUGAUCGAGAAGAGCCACAGGUUCAGGCCCUUCAGCAUCUCCAGGGAGCAGCCAGGGUGUUCAUGCCACUACAGGCUCAUGACAGUGCACCUAGGCCUCUACAGGGGCAAGCCCAGGCACCUCAGCGACUACAGGGGGCAGCUCGGGUGUUCAUGCCACUACAGGCUCAGGUUAAGGCUAAGGCAUCUAGGCCCCUACAGAUGCAAAUGAAGGCACCUCCACGACUACGGAGGACAGCCUGGAUGCUUAUGCCACUACAGGCUCAGGUUAAGGCCCCUAGGCCUCUAAAGGUACAGGCCCAGGUACCCAAAGAGCAGCAGGCUCAGGCCCAGCCCCAGGCCUCAGGAGAGCUGCAGGAUCUGGACCAGGUACCAGAGGAAGUUCAAGGGCAAGAUCAGGUACCUGAACAACAGCAAAGGCAGGGCCAGGUCCCUGAACAACAGCAGAGACAGAACCACGUACCUGAACAGCAGCUGGAGCAGAACAGGGCACCCGAGCAGCCAGAGGUACAGGAACAGGCUGCUGAGCCUACACAGGCAGAGACAGAGGCAGAGGAACCUGAGUCAUUACGAGUACAUGCCCAGGUAUUCCUGCCCCUACUGUCACAGAACCACCACGUGCUGUUGCCACUACAUUUGGAUACUCAGGUGCUCAUUCCAGUAGAGGGGCAAAAUGAAAGGUCACCUCAAGCACAGGCCUGGGCACUAGAGCCCACGCAGGCAGUUGGCUCUGUUCAAGCACUGAUAGAGGGACUAUCAAGAGACUUACUUCGAGCACCAAACUCACAUAACUCAAAGCCGCUUGGUCUACUGCAAACACUGAUGGAAAACCUGUCAUCAGACGUGUUUUACUCUCAACCAGAACAAGCACGGAAGAAAAAAUCAAAAGUUUCUAGUCUAAGGCAGGCAUUGGCAAAAAGACUAUCACCAAAGAGGUUCCGGGCAAAGUUGUCACGCAGACCUGAAGAGUUUGAGCUAUCAGAUUUAGAAGCCCAUAGGCAAAGGCGCCAACGCAGAUGGGAGGAUAUCUUUAAUCAGCAUGAGGAAGAAUUGAGACAAGUUGCAAAUGAAAAGGAAGAUGAAUCAUCAGAUAAUGAUGAAGUAUUUCAUUCGAUUCAGGCUGAAGUCCAAAUAGAACCAUUGCAGCCAUACAUUCCAAAUCCUAAAGAAAAUGAGGUUCAAGAGAGAUCUAUUUCUAUGCCUUACAACCAGGAUCGUGUACAUCGUGUCAAGUUCUCUUCAAGUGUUCCUCAGCGGUCUCUUUUGGAACAAGCUCAGAAGCCCAUUGACAUGAGACAAAGAAGUUCGCAAAAUCCUCAAAAUUGCCCAGCAGCAUCAGAAUCUUCUUCUGAGGAAGAGAGCCCUGUGACCAGGAGGAGGUCCCAGUCAUCACCACCUUAUUCUACUAUUGAUCAGAGGUUGCUGGUUGACAUCCAUGUUCCAGAUGGAUUUAAAGUAGGAAAAAUAUCACCCCCCGUUUACUUGACAAAUGAAUGGGUAGGCUAUAAUGCACUCUCUGAAAUCUUCCGGAAUGAUUGGUUAACUCCUGCACCUGUCAUUCAGCCACCUGAAGAGGAUGGUGAUUAUGUUGAACUCUAUGAUGCUGGUGCUGAUACUGAUGGUGAUGAUGAUGAUUCUAAUGAUGCUUAUGAAGAUACUUAUGACCAUGACAAUGGCUGUGAUGAGUUGGAUAACCAGGUUGAUCAGGCUAAUGAUGCUGGUGAAGACCAAGAUGAUGAUGACAAUGAUGAGGUUGUUGAUGACAAAGGCAAUAGUCGUGAUGAUGCUCCUAGUUGGCCAAGACCAAGCUGUGGCAGAGGUGGAAGUUACAAGCAAGAUGGUAAAGAUGGAAGUGAUGGAGGGGAAGGAACUUUCAGCAGCAAUGGAAGCCAGAGAGCUAGUAGAAGCCACGGAGGAAGUACAGCCAUUAGGGGCAGUGAAGCCAUUGGAGACCAUGAAGGACACAGAGCCAAUACAGGCAGUGGAAGAAGAGGCAAAGAGAGUAAUGGAAAUGAGGGAAUCAGUGGAACCAAUGAAGAGAGUGAAGCCCUUGAACUCAAUGGAGAAGAAAAUUGCUCAGAGAUACAUGAUCCAGUAUUGGAGAGACCAGCAUCCCAGGAAUUUGAACAUAAACCAGAGGAGUUAGGUGGUAGAAGUGAAGCCUCAAAUGCCGUUGCCUCAGGCGCUGCACCUGCAGCACCUGGUGAUGAGAAUGACACUAUGGACAUAUCAGAAGUAUCAACAGAAUCAGGUUUUUCUGCCAGCCACUCAUCUCCUUCCAAAGGUUCUGAAGGGGCUGCAAAUGCUGACUUUGCCAGUACCAUCUUAUAUGCUGGAUUAGUGGAAGUACCUGAGAAAUCAUCUAAGCAACCCUCUGAAGUCAAUGUUAACCCACUCUAUGUCUCUCCUGAAUGUAAAAAACCACUAAUCCACAUGUAUGAAAAGGAAUUCACUUCUGAGAUCUGCUGUGGUUCUUUGUGGGGAGUGAAUUUGCUGUUGGGAACUCGAUCAAAUCUGUAUCUGAUGGACAGAAGCGGAAAGGCAGACAUUACUAAACUUAUAAAGCGAAGACCAUUCCGUCAAAUUCAAGUUGUAGAGCCACUCAAUUUGCUGAUUACCAUCUCCGGCCAUAAGAACAGACUUCGGGUGUAUCAUUUGACCUGGCUGAGAAACAAGAUUUUGAAUGAUGAUCCAGAAAGUAAAAGAAGACAAGAGGAAAUGCUCAAGACAGAGGAAGCCUGCAAAGCUAUUGAUAAGUUGACAGGCUGUGAACACUUCAGUGUCUUGCAACAUGAAGAAACAACAUAUAUUGCAAUUGCUUUGAAAUCAUCAAUUCACCUGUAUGCAUGGGCACCAAAGUCCUUUGAUGAAAGCACUGCCAUUAAAGUGAUGUGCGUUGAUCAAUCAGCAGACUCCGAAGGAGACUACAUGUCCUAUGAAGCCUAUAUACGAAUACUGGCAAAAAUACAGGCAGCUGAUCCAGCAAACCGGUUUAAGAGACCAGAUGAGCUCCUUCAUUUGCUGAAGCUCAAGGUGUUUCCAACACUUGGUCAUAAGCCAGUGACAGUUGACCUGGCUAUUGGUUCUGAAAAAAGACUAAAGAUUUUCUUCAGUUCAGCAGAUGGAUAUCACAUCAUUGAUGCAGAAUCUGAGGUUAUGUCUGAUGUGACCCUGCCAAAUAAUCCCCUGGAAAUCAUUAUACCACAGAAUAUCAUCAUUUUACCUGAUUCCUUGGGAAUUGGCAUGAUGCUCACUUUCAAUGCCGAAGCCCUUUCCAUGGAAGCAAAUGAACAACUCUUCAAGAAGAUCCUUGAAGUGUGGAAAGACAUACCAUCUUCAGUAGCUUAUGAGUGUUCACAGCGAGCCACAGGAUGGGGCCAAAAAGCCAUUGAAGUCCGCUCUUUGCAGUCAAGGGUUCUGGAAAGUGAACUGAAGCGCAGGUCAAUUAAGAAGCUGAGAUUUCUGUGUACCCGAGGUGACAAGCUGUUCUUUACCUCUAUCCUGCGCAAUCGCCAUAGCCGGGUUUACUUCAUGACCCUUGGAAAACUUGAAGAGCUCCAAAGCAAUUAUGGUGUUUAA